AUGGAUUAUGAUUUCAAGGCGAAGCUGGCGGCGGAGCGGGAGCGGGUGGAGGAUUUGUUUGAGUACGAAGGGUGCAAAGUGGGACGCGGCACCUACGGGCACGUCUACAAGGCGAGGCGGAAAGAUGGAAAAGAUGAAAAGGAAUAUGCCUUGAAGCAAAUUGAAGGCACAGGAAUAUCUAUGUCGGCUUGUAGAGAGAUUGCACUUUUGCGAGAAUUGAAGCACCCAAAUGUAAUCGCAUUGCAGAAGGUAUUCCUUUCUCACAGUGACCGGAAGGUGUGGCUACUGUUUGAUUAUGCAGAGCAUGAUUUGUGGCAUAUUAUUAAGUUUCAUCGUGCAUCAAAAGCAAAUAAAAAGCCCAUGCAGUUGCCAAGAUCCAUGGUUAAAUCGUUACUGUACCAGAUUCUUGAUGGUAUUCAUUACCUCCAUGCAAAUUGGGUGCUUCACAGAGACCUGAAACCAGCCAAUAUCCUAGUAAUGGGAGAAGGUCCUGAGAGGGGGAGAGUCAAAAUAGCUGACAUGGGUUUUGCCAGAUUAUUCAAUUCUCCUCUAAAGCCUUUAGCAGAUUUGGAUCCAGUAGUGGUGACAUUUUGGUAUCGGGCUCCAGAACUUUUGCUUGGUGCAAGGCAUUAUACAAAAGCCAUUGAUAUAUGGGCAAUAGGUUGUAUAUUUGCUGAAUUGUUAACUUCAGAACCUAUUUUUCACUGUCGUCAGGAAGAUAUAAAAACAAGCAAUCCCUUUCAUCAUGAUCAACUUGAUCGGAUAUUUAGUGUCAUGGGAUUUCCUGCAGAUAAAGAUUGGGAAGAUAUUAGAAAGAUGCCAGAAUACCCUACACUUCAAAAGGAUUUUAGAAGAACAACGUACGCCAACAGUAGCCUCAUAAAGUACAUGGAGAAACACAAAGUCAAGCCUGACAGCAAAGUAUUCCUCUUGCUUCAGAAACUCCUUACUAUGGAUCCAACCAAGAGAAUCACCUCAGAGCAGGCUCUGCAGGAUCCUUAUUUUCAGGAAGACCCCUUGCCAACUUUAGAUGUAUUUGCUGGCUGCCAGAUUCCAUACCCCAAACGAGAAUUCCUUAAUGAAGAUGAACCUGAAGAGAAAGGUGACAAGAAUCAGCAACAGCAGCAAAAUCCACAUCAGCAGCCCACAGCGCCCACGCAGCAGACAGCAGCCCCUCCACAGGCGCCUUCACAGCCGCAGAACAGCACACAGACCAAUGGGACUGCCGGGGGCACGGGGACAGGGGCUGGGGGCGCUGGGGCAGGGCUGCAGCACAGCCAGGACUCUGGCCUUAACCAGGUGCCUCCCAACAAGAAACCACGGCUCGGGCCUUCAGGCGCUAACUCAGGCGGGCCUGUUAUGCCCUCAGAUUAUCAGCACUCCACUUCACGCCUGAAUUACCAAAGCAGUGUUCAGGGAUCCUCUCAGUCCCAGGGCACACUGGGCUACUCCUCCUCGGCUCAGCAGAACGCGCAGUACCACCCAUCUCACCAGGCCCACCGGUACUGA